AUGAAGAUUGACAAAACUCAAGAGGAGAAUUGGGAAACCCAAGAUCCAGCACACCGUGAAGUUACCGGAACUUCAAGAGUACUCGAGAGGAUUGCGGGCAUCCUUUCUUAUUUUGGUAGCAGCCGUUGUAGCGAAGCCUCUUCCCCAAAGAUUGACUCGAUUAUCAAUAAGGAAAUGCAAGUUACCGAACUCCCUAGUAGCUCAAAACCAAGGCACCUAGCCGAGAAGCGAACUGGGGUUGGCGGGCAAAUUGCCGUAAUUAUCGAACAAAUAGCUAAAGCAUCAGAGAUGAUUUCGACAACAUCCUAUUCAACCCUCUACUCUGUAAUUCGCUACACCAAGAGAGUGAGAAGCACUGUAUCUGGCCUGAGGCAAGAAGGAUACCAGGAUCUCCUGGAUCCGAUCGCCAACAUCAUUGGCCAAUGGCCCAUUCCGGCGGCGUCUCCCAGGGCGAGGCCGAAGGGGGUCCGUAACCGUAUUACGAGCAUUACGGGGACAUGA